AUGAGGGAGGUUGUACCUCAGCAGGGGAAGCCUUCAUCAGGCUGGCCCUCAGCCCUGCCUGAGCCAGGUAGCCCCACGGCCUCAGUGGGAAGGGUCCCCCUCGGGCACGGGCUACUUGGGCUGACGUGCCAGACCACCAGCUAUGGCUCAGGCCUUUGGCUCACCCUUCUGUUCGAGAGCAGCCUGGAUCGACCUUCUGGGGACAUUUCCAACCUAGACCCCAUGGAGGCCAAUCGGAAGGAGAAUAUUCCACCCUGGCCAGGAGGCCCCCUGAAAUCAGACCGACAGCUGGUUCCGAAGAACGUGAACAUCGGCCUCUCUGUGGGCAGCGGGCGAGCUACCAUGGCGGGGUCUCGCUCUCCCAUCAAAACUCAGAGGCAGAGUCCAGCCGCUCCUCCAGGCCAAGGCCUGCAGCUGGAAGGGCCUGUAGCCAGCAGCCAGGAGGCGAGGUACCUCUCCUCUGGGGUUCAGACCAACCUGGCUCCUGUGGGCCAGUCCCUGCCCAGGGCCGCCGGCCUGGUGAGUAACUCUUGCUUUGAGCAGCAGAGCAACCUGUGGCUCCAAGCCCGGAGGCCCAGGGCAUCUGGGAAGUGGACAGGGCUUUCCUCCCAGCAAAGCAACGUGGAGCUGAGCAGAGCAGACCCAGAGAGGAGAGGGGGAGCCAGGAGCCCCCACCUAAAGGAGCCGGCCUGGAGCCUGGGGGGCUGCUCGUGGGAGCUCUUGUGGUCCGGACAUUCUGGAGGCGUCCCCUGGCCCUCCGGGUCAGACAGCCAGACCCACAGGCUCCCGUUGCUGAGGGACCGACCAUCAUCUUCCUUCCCCGGCCCUGGGAGCACCGUACACAUCUCACCAAAAGCCACAAAAGCCUGGGGGUCCAAGCGGAGCCCUUCCCCUCCAUCUGGCCAUCAGGGUUGUCUUGUCCAGCCCAGCACAAGUUACCUGGGUUACUGGGCCCCAAACUCCACCGAGCAAACCCUCCCCUUGGAGGACCUGACCCUCUCAGGCCAGUGCCGGCAAUCAUCUCAGCCUCCGGUCUUGGAGCCCAGAGCUGAGUUUUUCCCAGACUCGGCCCACCUGCGCUUGUCCAUGAGGAGCCUCCGAUGGCCAUCAGAGGAGCUCCUCCUCAGAGCCCCCCAGGAGCACUCCAGACCCUGGCCCUGCUCCAGCUGGGCCAUUUCUCCAGGGGCCUCACUAACCUCGACUCUAGGGCACCCCAGCCCCCUAACCCAUGCUUGUGGGACUGUGCCUCCAGAAGCUACCCCUCGCCUGGCACCUGGGCACCCCAGUCCCUGCAGGGCUGUGCCUCCAGAGGCUACUCCUUACCUAACACCUGGGCACCACAGCCCCCUUACCCACCCUGGUGGGACUGAGCCUCCAGAGGCUACCCCUCACCUGCCACCUGGGCACCCCAAUCCCUGCAGGGCUGUGCCUCCAGAAACCAUCCCUCACCUGGCACGAGGGUAUCCCAGCCCCCUUAGCCAUCCUUGCAGGGCUGUGUCUCCAGAGGCUAGCCCUUACCUAACAUCCGGGCACCCCAACCCCCUUACCUGCCCCUGCAGGGCUGUGUCUCCAGAGACUGCCCCUUACUUAACACCAGGGCACCCCAGCCCCCUCACUCUCUCCCACAGCGCUGCAAGUCCAGAGGUUCUCCAGAAUCUGACAAUGGGGUACCCCAGUCCCCAUAUUUUUUCUGACAAGACCUUAACUCCAGAGGCAUCCCCCAAACUGGCACCAGGAUACUCCAGCAGGACUAAGGCUCCAGAGGCCUCCCCCAGCCCGACGUCGGAGUCUCCUACCCUCCUCCCUCUCUCUUACCAAGGCUCCCGAGUAGACAGGGGACAGCGACUGACAGACACUCAGCUGGAGGGACAUUUGUGGCAAAUCUGGCAUCGCUGGUGUCCCCAGGGCACAAAUACCCCUCUCCCGGGCCAGGCGGAAGGGACUGCUCCUGCCCACUGGAAAAGUCCAAGAGAAGGAGCCUUCUCAGGCCCUGAGGGUAGUUCCGGGCCAAGCCUCCUGCAGAGUGCCAUUCCUGGUCCCUGCCCCCCUGGGGGGGAAGGCAGACUGGGCCCGAGGACCUGUCUUUCAGCCUCCCCUUCUAUUGGGGCGCAUCCAGCCCAGCAGCAGAUGGAAAAGGCUCUUUGGCCCAGGGAACGGGAAGGUCCCUGGAUGGAACGGGGCCUUGCUGAGAGCCAUAGGGCAAGAAGCCGGGACAGGAGGGAGCAACACCUGGCAGUCGGGGGCCCACAGCAAAAGCUGGGGCUAGAGAAGAAGUCAUCCAUAUCUUUACUCUCGGAGACCAGGGAAUCAAGGGCCCUGCUCAGCUGCUGCUUCAAAGCCUGGCACUGCCACCUGCUGAGACAGCGGGCUGCGGCCAGGGCGCUGAGGAGGAGACAUCUGCUGCGGAAGGGCCUCCGCGCCAUGCGCUGGGCCUUAUGGCUCCGGGAAGCCCAGAUGGAGUUCAUGAAGAGGAAGCGGAGGCGGACUGUGCUGGCCGGGAGCUUCCGAAAGUGGAAAGACCUGUAUAUGAACAGGAGAAAAAGGAAGCUGCUGACUCAGUGCAGGACAGCUACUCCUGAGAAAGACUUUCUCCUCUUCUUGGAAAGCCCACGGGAAAGAUCCUUUGUCACUCUAGGGAUGGUUUGUGGAAAUGAGGGAGCACCAAAGAAUCAGCUCCAUCCCAGGUGGAAAACAGGCAGCCAGGACCCCAGGGCUCCGGCCACUCCAGACCUCCAGUGGCUGGCUGGAAUGAAUUUAAAAGCUGGAAGAGAAACAGGUGGUCUUCUGGGUGGUCAAUUAGUGUUCUUUCUCUCUGCUGGGACAGGUCCCAUAUCUGUUCUUAAUUUGAAAUAUUGCCUGUCUGGGCCCUGGGUCAGAAAACUGUCCCAAACCCCCUGCCCGUCGUCCGGGGCCAGGGCCGAAGAGGCCUGCCAGAAACUGAAGCUGCACCGGGUGGUCCUGCUGUGGUCCCGGAGGCUGGCCCAGCACCGGCAGGCAGACUCUUUCUCCCAGAAAAGGAGGCUGCGGAUUCUUCAGAACGCCCUGCAGCAGUGGCGGUGGAAGGCCCAGGCAGCAGGGUCAUGCCCUGCCAGCUCCACUGACUGCCCCCUGGAGCCCUUUGCUGGCUCUCAGGACUCGGAGGAGCAGCCCCCCUCCUCAGGAUGCUCCGGCAGUGCUCCAAGUGCCCCCAGAAGCUCAUCAGAGGGGGUCCACAGCCCGACUGAUUGCAGCAGCUCCUUCCUGAGCCCAGCAGGGGAUGAGGUGCUGCCCCUGCGCUUGAGGUCACUUUCUUUGGAGGCCCCGGACUCCUGGAGGAUCUCCUUCCCUCUUGAGCAAAUGUGGCCCCAGCUCUGUAACCAGCAGGAUCCUGGACCCAGGAGACAGCUGUUGGCCCGCCUUCCUCCAGGAGAAGAAACGGGCCCCCUGGGAAAAGCUGUUCAGGUUCCCAGAGACCCCAGCCACUUGGAUGCCCCCCAGCAAGAGAUAAGGUGGCAGCAGGGGGCUCAAGAAGCCCCAGAACCCAAGCCGCAUUGGCAGGUCACACUCCAGAUCUGGGUUGUCCAGCCCCUUAGAGGCUGUGGGCUGAGGUCCCUGGAAGUCACUGCUGACGAUUCAGUUGUCCCCAAGGCCUGCCCAGCUCGCUGGCUUGCUGCAGCUCAGGGCCUUGCUACUGGCUUCGGUCAGGACUUGGGGCCACAUUGUUGCCUUGCUGGGGGGCAGCUUGCUGCUGCCUUGCCCUGGGCUGCGAUCAGCAGCUGGAACCUACAGGCAGCAGCCUGGUGGGAGCUGGUCUGCCAGCAGUAAGUGUGGGUACCGGCCAAACCUCCCACCAGAGUGAGCCUGGGCUUAGCCCUUGGGCCCCGUGAGGAGAGCUUUGACUUCUCCAAGGAGUCUGCAAAAAAGUGGGUGAUGGGUAGGGGUGGAAUGGGACUUGGGAGAUCCUCAGACAAACAGAAGAGCAAAGCUUCCCCCACUUUGAAGCCAGCCCCCCUCUCAGAAUUCCUUCGGCUCCUGCCUUCAAGUGAGGGUCACUGGACCCCGGGAACAAGAUACCAUGACCCCGGGGUCUCCCAUUCCAGGAAAUCCAGGUCUCGCUUAUUCCUGGAGGGAGUCCUGGGCAGGAUUCCUGCCCUCCCACAUGGAGGAUUCUUUCCUCCGGGUCAGCAGUCCCUACAGGAGCUGGGUCCCCAGUGGGUUCAACAUAAGACCCACAUCCUACAGAGGACGGCAUCUGGGGGAUGGCCUCUCCAGGCGUCCAGGCAGACAAGGGCCAUCUCCUGCCGGGAAAUCCAUUUCCAAGCCUGGCGUCAUUUAGUAUUGACCACUCUAAACUUCUGGGUCAGGUUAUGGACCCUUUGAGCCAUCCAGAGGAGGAUCCUCACUGACCCAGUUGAGUUGACCGACCCUCAGGGACAGGACUGGAGGACAGCUGGGAAUCAGAUCCCCCGCUCCAGGCAGCAGGGUCUCCUGAGCUCUCCCUGGGCCCACCAGGAUGCAGCACUGCCCACAGGGAUGCCGAGGCAUCAGCUGACCAAGGACAAGGAGGGCACCUUUGUGGGCACCAGACCCAGUGUCCUGCACCCCCAGAGACUGGCCUUCAGAGGAAACCACGUCCUGGGUGCAGAUCCCGACACUCAACGCCAGCAGGCCGGCAACUACUGGACGAGGGCCACAGCCUUGGCUCCAGACAAGAGGAAAUCCCACAGCCACAUUGGACAGAGGAAGAUGUUAGCAAUUCUGGGUGGCCCAAAGCAGAACUUUCUGCUGCCUUCUUUCCCGUGUUUGCCUCUCCACUGUAGACGGACCAGCCAGGAGAAGCUGGGGAAGGCUCCUAGAGAACCAGCAGGCAGCGCCCGGUCGGUCCGGAUCCCCAGGAGCAGAGGACGCCCGAGAGCAGUGGUGCUGGAGGAAACAUGGCUAGAGAGAAAGUACCUCCAGAGGUGGAGACACAAGGUAUUGCUUCAAAGGUUCCAUGGCCAGCAAAGGAGGAGGAGGCUGGCGGAAGUCUGGCAAUGCUGGAUAGGAGCUCAGGGAUCAGAGCAGCUGGCUCGGACAUUGGUUAGGCAGCGGCGGCUGGAAUGGGGCUGGAGGAUGUGGCGCAGGCGGUGGCUGCAGCUUCAGGCGGCUCUGUGUUUGCGAGAAGACCACAGAGUCCUCUCUCAGGCCUUUGGAAGAUGGUACCAGCGCUGGGCAGCCCGGGUGCCCGGGAAAGGGAGCACGGGCCAGGGAUCAGGGGCCAGCGUCGUAUCCCAUUAGUCACAGCCCGUAGGAGUGGGGGG